GUUAGUGAGACCUUUGCUGAAAUGAUGUUUAAACAUGGUUUUGUGCAUUGUGAUCCACAUGCUGCAAACUUGCUAGUCCGCCCUUUGCCUUCCAGCCGUAGGAGCAUUUUUGGGAGGAGAAAACCCCAGUUGAUACUUUUGGACCAUGGGUUAUACAAAGAACUUGAUUACAACACCAGAAUAAACUAUGCUUCACUGUGGAAGGCUUUGGUAUAUUCUGAUGCCAAUGGAAUAAAGGAAAAUUGUGUAAAGCUGGGUGCUGGAGACGAUCUUUACGCAUUGUUUGCUGGGAUUCUCACAAUGAGGCCAUGGAAUAAAGUGAUAGAUCCUUCAGUUGAUCAUCUUGUUGUCAAAGGCACGGACAGUGACCGUUCAGAACUGCAGAUGUAUGCUUCUCAAUAUUUUCCGCAAAUCACUGAACUACUGAGGAGAUUGCCCCGGGUUAUUCUUCUAAUGCUCAAGACAAAUGACUGCUUACGAGCAGUUAAUGGGUCAUUGGUUCAAGGGCCUUCUCUUGAGUCAUUCUUGAUCAUUGGAAGGGUUUCAUCUGAAGCCGUUCUUGAGUCUAUGCUGUCGCAAAAGAGGUCGUUGUUAUCUUGGAUCAAUUUUUGGGUACAGAAGUUUUUGUUGGAAGGCCGACUUUGCGCAAUGCAUAUAGCAGUGUGGCUUUUGCAACUUCGGAAAGCCUUGACAUUGUGAAAGCAAGUAUUGUUCCAAUUUUAUUGGAUGUCCGUGAAUGAGCUGACAUACUGAAAGCAACUAACAAUCAGGAGAUGGUAAAUCUGGAAUUUUGUUAUAAUUUAGAGAGCGGAUACACCGAUUCUUUUUCAAACUCAUCCUCUCAGCUUGAUCUCCCGUUGGAGCAGAGCCUGGAAGAUCGCAAUUCUUUUGUAAUAAGUCGCGUUUACAUUUUUUAAGCAGAAUGAUUCUUUUACAGUAGGAAAGGGAAACAGAAAAAUGGAUUAGUCCAAAGAGCGGCUUCUGGUUGUACAAUCCUUUAGAGGAUAUCGUAAGAUGAGAACAUAUUUAUUGGAAUAUUGUGGUAACAACAUACCCAGUAUUAUCCCACACUAUGGUGUCUCGGGUAGUGUGUACGCAAACGUUACCCCUACUUGUGGAAUAUUGUGGUAAGUUGGCAAUAAAAUGUGCAAUUUUUGUUUUUUGUU